AUGAAGGCUGCAUCUGUUUCUCUGCUCCUUGGUGUAUGUGUGCUGCUGCUGUCUGCACCGACUGUUUCUGCAGUCUCUCUGUCUGUCAGUCCAAACCUUCAGCAGUUCUUCAGAGGAUCUUCUUCAGUGUCUCUGAGCUGUGUUGAUGGAUGGACAGUGAAGAGGACCAGAGGAGGACUCACUGAGAACUGUGGAGCAGGUGCAGGUUUUGUGGUGUUUAAUGAAUCCUCCUGUGUUCUGGAUCUCUCCUUCUCCUCUCAUGGAAGUUACUUCUGUGAAAACUCUUCUGGACAGCAGAGUAAUGAAGUCUCCAUCAGUGUUUCAGCUGGUUCUCUGAUCCUGGAGAUCCCUGCACUUCCUGUGAGGACAGGAAGUGACAUCACCCUGCUUUGCAGACAAAAGGAUGUUGACAAAGUUGCAGCUUAUUUCCGUUUUAAUGGAAGUAAUGUUGGAUCUGGACGUAAAUCAGAGCACACCAUCACUAACAUCCAGCAGUCUGAUGAAGGUCUCUACUCAUGUUCCACUGAUACAUUGGGAUCAUCUCCUCAGAGCUUUCUGAGGGUCAGAGGUCCUCUUCCUCCUCAUGUACAGAGCACCACAGCCUGCACCUCUCCUGGUAUUUCUGCUCCUCCCUCUUCCUUCCCUCCUCGUCCCUCCAUCAUUCCAGCUGUAGAAGGUCUGGUUUCUGUGGUUCUUCUGGUUCUGGUUGGAGUUCUGUUCUUCUACAGGAAACUAAAAGGAAGGAGUGACUCCUCCCCUGUAGAUGUAACUUAUGCUGAAGUCACCACCACACAGAGAGGUCGUGCUGAGGUCACCUAUGGUCAGGUGGUCUUCAACAAUAAGAAGAAAGCUAGCAGGAUGACAGGCUUGUUGCUGGACAAGUCUAACUACCACUUCCGUCGCGCUCUCAAUUUCCUCUACCGUAAUGUGAUCACUAUCAUGCCUUUGUCUGGAUGUCAUCCUCCUGAUUCUCGCCACCACCUUAAGGAGCCUCCCCUUUCCACUCCUCCCAUCGAGAGCCUAAAUCCUCAGGAAGAGGCUCAUCCCAUCCAGCACCCUGUCGACACAAAUCCUGCAGAAUACGCUUUCCGCAUAAGAUCUGCACCACCCCACCACAGGAACCUCAAAUAG